CCGAACCUUAGAACCAACGUUUCUGGCGCCUCUCCAGGUCAAGAGGAGGCUGACAGCGUCUCGGCGCCGCACCGGCGCGGCGGCACCGCCUCCAGGUCUCAAGCCUCCAGUAGCAGCGCGGACGCGCCCGCCCCGGAACGAGCGCGGGAAGCCCCGUUGUAACCCGGGAUCUAGGAAACGAAACCAGAAGCCACCAGCUUCCUCACCGGAGUCUCUCGGAGGCCUCUCUUCGGGUCACUUAAGGGAAGAUUGUGUAAGGAGCACACUUGCCCGCCUAGGCUCGGACGCAGAGCAUCGGCCCCGCGCUCGUCUCACCGGGGCUGCGGCGGCCACAGGGCCAAGAAAACCCAGUACUGAACUUCCUGAAUAUAUAUAAUUAAGAGAUGUGAAGAUGAAUGCUCCUCACCCAGGAACACAUUUACCAGGACCUCCCGAAUAUACUGGCUAUCCUGGCCCCCAGGCUGGCUAUCCUGGCCCCCAGCCUGGCUACCCUGGCCCCCAGCCUGGCUACCCUGGCCCCCAGCCUGGCUAUCCAGUCCCACCAGUCGGCUAUUCAGGCGCUGGCCCAGUCGGCUUUCCUGUCCAACACCAGGCAGUGACCAGUCAGCCAGGUGCGCCUGCAGGAGUACCAUGGAUGCCAGCACCACCACCACCAUUAAACUGUCCACCUGGAUUGGAAUAUUUAACUCAGAUAGAUCAACUAUUGAUUCAUCAGCAAAUUGAACUUCUGGAAGUCUUAACAGGUUUUGAAACUAAUAACAAAUAUGAAAUUAAGAACAGCCUAGGACAGAGGAUUUACUUUGCAGCAGAGGAUACUGAUUGCUGUACCCGAAAUUGCUGUGGGCCUUCUAGGCCUUUUACCAUGAGGAUUCUUGAUAAUAUGGGCCGAGAAGUCAUAACUCUGGAGAGACCACUGAGGUGUACCAGCUGUUAUUUUCCCUGCUGCCUGCAGGAGAUAGAAAUCCAAGCUCCUCCUGGUGUACCAGUAGGUUAUGUUACUCAGACCUGGCACCCAUGCCUGCCAAAGUUUACAGUUCAAAAUGAGAGGAGAGAGGAUGUACUAAGAAUUACUGGUCCAUGUGUUGUCUGCAGAUGUUGUGCAGAUAUUGAUUUUGAGAUUAAAUCUCUUGAUGAUAAAUAUGUGGUUGGCAAGAUUUCCAAGCAGUGGUCUGGCCUUGUGAGAGAGUUAUUUACAGAUGUCGAUAACUUUGGCAUCCAGUUCCCUUUAGACCUUGAUGUGAAAAUGAAAGCUGUGAUGCUCGGUGCAUGUUUCCUCAUUGACUUCAUGUUUUUUGAAAUGACUAGAAAUGAGCAGAGAGCAGGAGUGUGGUAAUGGAUUCAUUGAAAUCUCAGAAAAUCUGAAGUCCAUAUAUUGAUUGGGACUAUAUAAAGGAAAAACUGCGUGGAUAUUUUUUCUUUAUGUAAAUGACUUAUUGUAGCAUAUGUGAAUUACACUGUGAUGCCUGAAGCUCCAGGUAUAUGAUUUUACUUUUCAAAUUAAAGUUUAUUUUCUGUAUCACUUACUUACAAAUGUUUUUAUACAUUUUCUUUUAUACAUUUUCUUUUUCAUUGUGUAUUUUGGAGAAAGGAUAUGGAAAUUUUUACAUUUAAACCUAACUUCCUAUGAUGAAUUGCUUUGAACUACAGUCUCUGCUUUAUUUUCUAUUUGUAUACAGCAAAAUUAAUUAAAGCCUUUUGAAAAUUUUAAUAUAAACAUACAUUAUUUUAUUAAAUCGUUACAAUUUAUUUCAUAUAUAACAACUAAUGUUAUUUUGCAAAUACCGUAUAUUCAAAAAAGUUCAAAAUGAAUAUAAUUUCAGUUUUUACAAUUUACAAAUUUUUUUUACAAAAAAAUUUCAUAUUUUACAAUUAUGUUCAAAUAAUAACUCAAUAUUUUAUUGUCAAGGGAAGUAAAAUGUAUUUUCUUUUUGUUCAGAAAAUUACACUACAUUUAACUUCUCCUAUAAGCUAACCAUCAACUAUAAACAACAUUUUCAUAUUGACAAGACUAUAAAUUACCAAUUUUUGAUGAUUUUUCAUGAAACAAGAAUGAUUCUGUCCCAAAGAAGGACACAUUAAAGACUCAUUCACUCUAAAACUGGGAUGAUAUUGUAAUUUUUGAAGUAAUUAUUUAUAUAUGGGAUGGUUAGCUCCUGUCCUGUAUUGUAUCAUUCAUGGAACAUGAUAGUUUUCAGAUCACUCAGGUGUUAAUUAAAUAGAACAUAUAUAUUCUGUCUGAGUAUAAAAGUCUAUAGUGGUCUAUAAGAUUAUUUUUACCAACAAUCAAAUAACUAAAAUAAAAAGCUGCUGAUAUA